AUGGCCAUAGGGGUCUGGCAGCUCCUACUGGACAUGGGAAUUCUGUCAUCAGUGGACCAGCAUUUAUACUUUCAGGACACGUAUGUUUUCUACCAGAUUUCAUCUGAUGAGUGUAACUACUUGUACUGGGAGUUUGAGGGAGAAGAGGCAUGGCAGAAUGGUGUCAGACUCUUGCUGCAGCUUGUGCCUCUCAUUCCCAGUCGAGCUGGCAUCUGUGAACUAUCUCAUCAGAAAAUUGAAGACUCAGAAGAGAGCAGUGAUGAAAUUCUUGCUUGUCUAAUUUCUGCAAUAAGGUCAUGCGAUUUCCCUGCCCAGGAGUGCAGAAAUACUGAGGGGUCUUGGAAAGGAGGUUUCUCCAAGAAUGGAUUCAGGCCAUCUCUUGAGAUCAGGUCAAGACCAUUCUUCUUCUCGAGAGCCUCACCCCAAGCUCAGAAAAAGAAGACUCUGGGCCCUAGGAUGAUCCUCCAUUCCAGACCCAAAACCAUCACCCCUAUCCAGAAAGAAGUAGCCAGAGAGAUACAGUGCUCUUUUCCCCAUUCUUUAAUGAUUUCAGGGUCUGGAAUGAAGGAGUCUUUGGGCCUAGAAAAGAAAGCAACAGUCUCAAAGGUCCUUGCUGAAUCAUCUAACUUCAGAGAAAACAAAACUGAACUUUAG